UGGAAAAAUAACUCCAACUGGUCGUCCGCAUUCGCCGGCGGGGAUUUUUCCGGAACGGCCUGCAGAGGUAUCCGCUGAGGAUCUCUACUCCAUGAGUGGGAUCAAGCGGAAGAUGAAACCCGUCCACAGGUCUCCGCGACCUUGAAGUUCAGGAAUGUCUGAUUUCAAGAAGGUGGCGGGACUCCGGCGACCAUGCUUCAUUCAUAGCAGCAUCUUUCUUUCAUAAUAAAUGGCAGAAUCGUAGCAACGGUGGUUCUCUAAGUUUCGAAAGGUCUCCUUGGUCAUCCACCAUCAUGAGGGAUCGCUUGGAGGAGCUGCGGCAAAGGAUGAAGGAGGCCAGCGAGGAGGACGAAGACGGUCCUUCCUCGGGAGAGGGGGACAGCGUGCCGGUGGUUCCCCAGGCUGUGGUCUUUGAGCCGGAGCCGGUCCUGGAGAACUUUCUUGACCAGGUGCAGCACAUCCGCGAGAGCAUUAAUGAACUGGAAACCGAGGUGAAGAAGUUCAGCCAGCAGCAGAAGAGCUUGGUGGCGGCCAUGCGGCGCUUCAGCGUCAUGAAGAAGGAGAGCAGCAUCACGCGAGACAUUAAGCUGCAGGCCGAGAGCAUCCACAAGAGGCUGGAGGACCUGUCCCGGCGGGUGAAGAGCGCCGAGGCGGAGAGCGGCCCACCCGCCGCCUUCACACGCAUCCAACGCGCACAGCACACCGCCCUCUUCCGCCACUUCCAGGCCGUCAUGCGCGAGUACAACGGCUCCCUGAUCACCAAGCAGGACAAGUGCAAGCAGUUCAUCAUCCGCCAGCUAGAGGUGUCGGGCCGGGAGGUGUCUGAAGAGGAGGUGGACGAGAUGGUGGCGCAGGGCAGGUGGGAGGUCUUCAACGAGAACAUCCUGCACGAGGCGAACAUCACGCGCGCGCAGCUGUCCGAGAUCGAGCAGCGGCACAAGGAGCUCGUCAGCCUGGAGAGCAACAUGAGGGAGCUGCGGGACCUCUUCCUGGAGAUCUACAUGCUGGUAGAGGAGCAGGGAGAGUAUAUCGAGAACAUCCAGGCCAACGUGCAGAAAACGCAGGACUACGUGUCGGUCUCCGGCGAGAAAUUCAAAAUGGCGGUCAAAUACAAGAAGAAGAACCCUCUCAGGAAAAUAUUCUGCUGCUGCUGUCCCUGCAAGGUCUGCAAGUAGCAAUGCAAACCGCUUUUUGUUCCUCCACCCAGACAUUCAUCCUCUCCAACUCAAAGCCAGAGUUUGGCAGGCGGGGUUGGAGCAGAGGGUUCAAAUUCAGCUCAUAGCGACCACUCACAUGGUGAGGGAGGGUGCAAAAGCGAUGUACCGUUGACUUCUGAACAUGUCUCUGGACUGCAGACAUGGGAAGAACAUGCAAACUCCACAGAUGCCGAGAUGGAAUCGAAGCUACGGCUGAAUGCUACCGAAGCGCGGCGAAGCACCGGGGUUCGUCAUGGCGACACCGAGGCCAUCUUGUUGCCCACAAAAUCUGUCUGGAUGCUGAUGGUGACCUCCACGCACUCAUGCGAUGAUGGUCCCUUCCAAGGUCCUUGCUUUUCACACCAUGAGUCACGGGGCAUCACAGAGGACACCUGAAGUGCUGAUUUCUGGAGUGACCCAGACGUGCCCACCGGCGACCGACAAUCAUGGAAUCAUUCAUUCAUCAGUAAAACACUGCCAGCAGGCACCGCAGCUCGGGGCCUCGCGCUCACGCUGACAAACGGCACAACCGAGACUGGACACCUUGAUCUCUGCUGGACCCGUUUGGGAAACUGCUUCUCGACCCUGGAUGUUGCGAGUGGAUACGGACCACGAAAGCCGCAAUAACGAACGAGCAGAAACGCUCAACGCGUUUCCGGUUCCCAGGCAGAACUGGCGAGACAGGGAUCUGUAUCCGACGACCACUUGAACGCAAAGCACUUUAAAAUGUGGCUGGAUGUCUAAAACUAAAGACGGACAGAAACGAUACACUCCGCUGAAGUGCUGCUGGCCACAUAAAUUAUGACAGAUACUCUUGUCAAAACAAGUUUUUUUCAUUACUGAAUUAAAAACACACAGCAGUCUUUAAGUGUGCGAAAAAAACGUUGUUAUAGACACAUCCGCUUAAAAUUUUUAUUAGUUACAUAAACUGUGCUUUUCAGGUAUCAGGUAUUUAGUGUUAUGUAUAAAAGGUCGGGAUAUUUUUCAAUAACUUACGUUUAAUGUUGACAGAUGUAUUAAACUUUACUGCAGACCAGUAGCAUAAAUUAAAUGUGCUCCGGAUAUACAGAUCUUGAAAGAACCUUGUUGUACAAAUGCACAAUUUGAGAAAAAUUAUUUAUAUUCUCUUAUUUAUAGUACGCAGUAUGUAUGAAGUGUUAAUGUUCACCUCAUUAUUAUAGUGCCACAUGUCAAGGAACUGAUUUAUUGUGUUUCACUCUACAGGUCUUGGGUGUGAACCUUCAGACCAUAUCGAAUUUUCACGAACUGGGCAGGGCUGAGCAUUGUAUAAAAACUGGGAAAAGGAAAAGCUUGUAUUUCAGUUCUAAGGAAAUGUGUCUGUAGCAGGUGUGCGUGUGUGUGUGUG